CCUAGCAUUGGCCUUUGUUUUGGUACGCUCAUGCGUGCUUCGCUCGGUGUUGGCCUUUGGCCGGUGCCUAGCAUUGCCUUGGCUAGUGAUGGGCCGGUGUCCCAUGUUGGCUUGAUGAUUGGAAUUUGGCAUGCUUGCUCGUCCGCCCUCCUCGCCUAG